CUCUGUAGAACAGACCUUGAAAAUAAGAUGAAAAAUGACAUAUCAGCGAAGUUUUAUUAAGUUUCGUGUCCCCCUCGUAAAUAAUGUUGCAGUAACUUUGCUGCAGUAACUUUCUCAACUCAAUAGUUUGGUAUUAUGGAGUCUUUUCAAAUCGGAUUUUAUACUGUCAUUAUAUUAGCAGCAUCUAAAGUCAUCCUAAUUGCACUUGAGAUUUUUAAUUCACGCAAGCUAAAUGCCAGGUUCUUGCGUGCGUCCGGAUAUAUAUCCGCGCUCCUGGCCCUUCUCCUCGGAAGUGUGUCGUUUGUGGGGUUACGAGCAAAGGGGCCAGACCAACCUGGCCAGUGUAAAAGCGCUGAUGCGGAUAUAGUGGGAGACGGUGUUCGCGCAGCUUCCUGGGCGCAAGUCGGAUUGCUAUUUUUCAUUACUCUUACGGGAGUAUUUCAUAUCUAUAAGACGUCCGUGAAAGAGAUUGGCCAAGGCCUGAUUGCCACGCACGUGUCUUUAGCCAUUGCUCUUCUCGUCCCACUAAGCCGUCGAGAGCUCUCCCCUAUCGAUGCAAUACUAGGGUCUUUGAUCCUCGAUGCGCAAGGAAAUUCUCUUUCUUUCCAGUUAGUCACGAAGGAAACAUUAGCAGCUCGAGGGCAAGUGGUCGUUGCUUUGAUAGCUCAGUUGCUUGGCUUGAUUGUAGAAGGUAUCCUCGUGGGUAACUUCACUGCAAACUUGCGUCUCACUAGCGAUUGCGAUUGCUUCUCCGCAUUUUGGUGGUCGUGGUUGAGCAACUGUUCGUCGGUAUCCCCGAACGAUGCCAGGCCGUUCUGGAUUUAUUUCGGAUAUCGAUUCAUCAACACUAUUUACGGAGGCUACUUUGCCAUCACGCGGACUACAACUUUUGACGAAGCUGAGAAGUGGGAUAGGGAAAACUCAUGCUACCCAUGCGAUUCCUGCAUUGAAUCCAGCGUAGAAACACGGCAUGCGGACUGUAAAUGCUAUUUCUGCAAAGAAUGUUGCUAUUGCAAAGUAUGCAACAGGAAGCGGCGCUGUAGUGACCAGAAACAGAAUGACUCUAGCAGCGAUGAACCACUACAAGAUAUUAGCGACGGUAUACCACUACAGGAUAUUAGUAAUGGUAUACCAAUACGAAGCGUUAGCAAUGAUGGCUCUAAUGACGAUAACGCCAACGAUGACGAUCUUAACAAUGACGAGGCGCUACAGAACAGUAGCAAUAGUAUAUCAUCACGAAGGACGGACGACGAUGGACAACUACAAAAUGGCAAUAACGAUGUACCGUCACAACCUGGUAACAAUGGCAUACUACCGCAAAAUAGUAGCCGGGAUAUAGAACAAUCUCUCCCUCCAUGUAAAAUCUGCGAGGACUGCCAAAGAUGUCACGAGUGCGGACACAUGGACUUCAAUGCCUACCAAACAGUACUUCUGGCCGGCGAACGGUUUUCUGAAUACGGUGUAACCGUCAGCGUAAGCUUCCUAGAAACCAGCGUCCUCGCCUUGCUGAGUAUGAUAUCGGUCGAAGUCACGAUGAACAUCAAUGCGGUACAGAAGACAUCCCCUUUAUAUUCUGUUGGACAAGUCACAGCUUUGGUUAUAGCGGGUGGAACAGCCCUUCGAGUACUUUAUGUUUUCUUCUUAAUGUUCAUUGUUUAAAGGAUGGGGGGUACGGGAUUCAACAUAGCAUUGUAUGGUGAUACAUGGGUAACUUAAAAGAUACCUUAGACUUAGAAUACUAGACCAAAAAUUGAAUAUCAAACGGGCAUGGUUCGCUGUAAAUAUUAAGCCCUACCUAACAUAACGUAGCCGAUUUAGAAGAAAGAAAAACGGGAUAUGCCUUGGCAAAACGAC